AUGAUGAAGGUGCAACUGCUCUCCCUGGCAGGAGUUCUUGUUCUUAGCUUCACAGCUGAAAAAUGCCGGCAGCUGGUGGGAGAAGAUCAUUCUUCAAGAAGCCGGACGGAGAGAUUUACAUUCAUUAAUUGCUUUGACAUGAGGUAUGGGACCAUAGCAUGCAUAUUCAAGGAGAUGAUAAAGCUCUACUUGUACUACGUCAGAGCAGUCCAUGUUCAGAAAGUAAGAGGUCAAGUAUCUCGAAAGGCAUUGUUGGAUAGAAGCCGGACGGAGAGAUUUACAUUCAUUAAUUGCUUUGACAUGAGGUAUGGGACCAUAGCAUGCAUAUUCAAGGAGAUGAUAAAGCUCUACUUAUACUACGUCAGAGCAGUCCAUGUUCAGAAAGUAAGAGGUCAAGUAUCUCGAAAGGCGUUGUUGGAUAGGUUAUCAAAGGACCAGAAUAUGGAUCAGGCGGUGAAGGCAGCGUGUGAAGAAGGAAAGGCGGCUGCGAAAAGAGCAUCCCGGCAAGCAAAGCAUGUGAUGGGGCCGAUAGUGGCUUCGGGAUGGGAUUUGUUUGAGACACUGUACGUAGGGGGGUCUCUGGUGGAGGGACUGGUCAGGAGUGGUGGAACAUUCCUCGGUGCUUUCGCCGGAGGACUAGUUGGAGAAGGGAAGAUUGGGUGGUUGGGUUUUGUUUUGGGAAGCCAAAUGGGAAGCUGGACGGGUGGAAGGAUUGCGCUUAUGGCGUAUGAUGUCGGGAUUGGCUUGCAAUAUUUGCUUUACAAGAUGCCUUUCCUCUCUUGA